UGGGUGUUACCCUCCCCCUUCCCCCUUCACCCUUCACACACCUCUCUCUCAAUCUCUGCCGUCGCAAAAAAAAUGUGGCCAAAAGUCUUCACCGUCUUCUUGGUUUUACACUCAUUCUUCCUCCUACAUGGUGUCGCCCAAACCGGACCUCCCCGCCCAAACCCAACCAUCACGCGAAUCCGACCAAGGCCACCCUUGAUCCCACCGGGUACAAAGCUAAAGCCUCGACAACCAAUUAAUAACCCGGGACCUCUAGCCAAUAGAGCCAGAAUCCUAUACAUAACUCAAGAGCUAAAACGAAACAUUACUUAUGACCCAAAAGGGUACACCAAAACCUGGGUUGGCAACAAUUAUUGCCUCUUCAAAGGGUUCUUUUGCGACGUGGUUCCUGACCUUAACAUCACUGGCUUAUCCUCUAUUGACUUCAGUGGCGCAAGAUUUGGUGGCCCUUUCUUGAACUUCUAUCGUUUCAUUCGUAAUUUGCCUGACAUUGCUCUUUUUCAUGCGAAUUCCAACAACUUUACUGGCGUUAUCAACCGUAACAUUAACAAAUUACGGUACUUGUAUGAGUUGGAUUUGAGCAACAACAAGUUCCUUGGUGGGUUUCCUGGGUAUAUCCUUGGUGCUAAUAAAUUGUCGUUUGUGGACUUCCGUUUCAAUACUUAUAAUGGGUCGGUUCCGUAUCGGCUGUUUAACAUUGAUACGGAUGUGUUGUUCAUUAAUAAUAAUGGGUUCACUGGAAGGAUCCCGCAAGCCACCUUCGGUAACACACCCGCGCUCUACAUCACACUUGCCGGCAACAAUUUUACAGGACCAAUCCCACCAACAAUCGGGCGAGCUUGGAGGACUCUUACGGAGGUCUUGUUCUUAAAAAAUAGACUCACGGGUUGUUUACCAUUCGAGAUAGGCUAUUUGGUAAAAGCCACGGUGUUCGACGCCAACACCAACAUCUUAACAGGUCCAAUCCCACAGUCAUUCGGUUGUUUAUUUAGCCUCCAAAUUCUAAACUUAGCCGACAACCAAUUCUACGGAACCAUUCCGGAAUCCAUCUGCAGGCUUCCAGACAUUUACAACAUUACACUAAGCAACAAUUACUUCACACGAAUCGGCCCAGUUUGCCGCAAAUUAGUCACAGCCCAAAGGCUCCACAUCCAAGGCAACUGCAUUCCGGGCUUCCGAUUGCAAAAAACACAAUCCCAAUGUGCCGCGUUCUUCGCCAAGCCUAGAACCUGCCCUCGAGCCAACACCUUUAGUUACGUCCCGUGUGUGCUUCCCACGGCAGCUCAACUCGAUAAGGCGACGGUUACUUCUGUGGACGAUAUGGUUCCACCGUCGCCACGUUCUUAUGCGGCGCUUGAAAGGCCUCAUGGUCACCAUUGAUAUCAUUUAAUUUACUACUUUUUUUUUUUUUCUUUGGUGUUUUCUCCAAUAAAAUUACUGGUGAAUUAAUGAGUGUUUAAUAUGUUGUAUAUUUGUAUUUUCAUGCUCAUUGUGUAUCCUUUAACAUUUGAGUAAUGUUGAGUGUUUAAUUUCAUGGUUUGAUGUUAAAUAUCACGACUUUUAAAAAGAGGAGAUUGGGCUGGCUUUGGGUGCAUCUGGCCCCCUCACUUAUAUAUUAUUAUUUGCUUUGCUAUAAA